AUGAAUGCUUGUAAUGCCACACCAGCUUACGUUAAUGCUCAAAAAGCCUAACUAGUCGGAGAGAACUUCUACAUAUAAUAAUUCUAAGUCAGUUGUUUGGGUUAAUUUUCCUAUUACAUUGAAUCCAAUAACGAAGCUGCAGUAAUUGACCCCAUGAGAGACUAUGAAGAAUACAUCAAAUUUUCUGAAUCAAGAAAUUCUCUGAUCAAAUAUGUGAUAUUAACACACAUACAUGCUGAUUUUGUGGCAGGACACGUAGAUUUAGCUAAAAUCACAGGAGCUCAAAUUGUCUUAGCAAGAAUUGCAUAAGAUGAAUAAUUGUUGCCUCUCGGAAACGCAUUUCUUAGAGUCUUACAUACACCUGGCCAUACUUUAGAGUCCAGCUGCUUCGUGUUCGUAGUUGAUGGGAAGGACCAUGCCGUUUUCAGUGGAGAUUCACUCUUCCUUGAAGAAGUCGGCAGACCUGAUCUCGCAUCUAAAUCUUCAGGUUUGACCACUCAUCAACUUGCUUCACUUCUUUAUCAUUCCUUGAGAAACAAAAUCAUGAAACUUAAUGAUGAUGUCAUUCUCUAUCCUGGACAUGGAGCAGGUUCUGCUUGUGGUAAAGCUAUUGGAGCAGGUACUGUCAGUACAAUUGGUGAAUAGAAACUCAAAAAUUGGGCAUUGUAGGAUAUUACUGAAGAAGAUUUCGUUAAGGCAUCAACAGAUAUACCAAAUCCUCCUUAAUAUUUCUUUCAUGAUGUGCAAAUUAAUCGUCAAGGUGCUAGUGACCUACAAACCAUUAAAUAAAAAGUUACAAAAGCCUUGAAUUAUUAAGAGUUUACUCAAGUUGCUGCUGAUGGUGCUUUAAUAUUAGACUCCAGAGAUAUCGUUAGCAAAGGAAUCAUCAAAGGCUCCAUCAAUAUUACCUAAGUAGCUACUCUUGCUUCUUUUGUUGGCAUUCUCUUCAAGCCAGAUCAAAAAAUGGUCAUAGUUUCAGAUGAAGGCAAAGAAGAACAAACCAUCAUUAGAUUGCUUAGAAUCGGAUAUGAAAAUAUUCUUGGAUACUUGGAGGGAGGAUUUGACAAUUAUGUGAGAAAUGGAGGAGAAGUCCAAUAAUUAAAUAUUGUUGAUUUGAAAGAUUUCUUAGAUACUCAUGAUUAACCUGAAAAUCACGUGUUCAUCGAUUGCAGAAACCCUUUUGAAUUCAAAACUACAGGAAUCGUUCCAGGAUCUUUGAUGAUCCCUCUAUUCUAAAUAGAGAAUUAACUUGAUUUGAUUCCAAAAGACAAGACAUUACACAUCUAUUGUCGUUCAGGAGCCAGAGCUAAAACUGCUGCUACCAUAUUAUUAAGACAUGGUUAUUCAGACUUUGUUCUGAUUUAGAAUGCUGGACUUGAACAUAUUGUCAAGGAACAUAAAAUUCAAGCUCAAAAAGUGGAUUGAUUUUCUAUUAUACAUAACAAAUUAAUUU